AUAAGCUAUAUCAAUUUACACAUAUGCAUUUUCUUUGAGACGUAGCAAUCAAUAUAGUUGCUCAUAUGCCCUUUAAAAACAAUAGCCUUUUGGCAAUAACUGAUUAUCCUCUUUAUUGUGUAAAAGCUUUGAAUAACCGAUAUUUUUUAGUGGCCGGUGGAGGGGGCUGUUCAAAAACCGGUGUAGAUAAUUCUCUGGCUAUAUACGAAAUUGAAAUUGAUAAUCAACGAAUAUAUGGAAAAAUAGUUUCCUUGCUAGAUAUGGGCUUAUAUGCACCCAUGAAUAUGGCACACUCAUGCAUCGAUUCUAUAUUAGGAGAAUAUUUUUUGGCCUUAGGGUUAGGGGAUAUAUGUCAAACAUUCCAUUUGCAAAGAUAUAUACAAAAAAAUAUUGAUGAAAAACUUAUAGAAAAGUUGUCAACAAAUCAAUCAUUAGCCAAAAAAAAUUUAAAUUUGCGUCACAGAAAACGUUAUGACUCCGAUGCCUCUCACAAUGGUAAAUUAGCCAAUGGUUCUUUAUCAAAUGGUCAUUUACCAUACCAUAAAGCCUCCCAUAAUAAAUCACGCUCUUCUCUAGACCUCAAUAUCAUUUCCAAUAUAACUAAAAAGAAUGGCGUGGUUCAACAUUUCUUAGAUGAAAAUAAAGAAAUAAAUGAUGUGUAUGUAAACGAGAAACGUUCAAAUUAUACUCACGAAUCGCCUAAAUAUGAGCUAAAAAAUGAAUUUAAACUAAUCCAUUUACAUUCUGUUACCACAGACACACAUAAAAUCACUGCUCAUCAAAAGACGGUCAAGAUUUGUUCUGACCGAAAAUUCAUCAUUACUGGUGGGACUGAUGGAUUCAUAAGGAUCUGGAAUAUGGAUACCUUGGCUAUAAUUCGCGAAAUCAAAGCCCAUGAAAACGAAAUCGAUGAUUUAGAAAUACAUCCUACCAAGCCUCAUAUCGUUUCAUUAUCACGUGACGGGCAUGCUUAUGUAUGGAACUCGGAAGAUGGCUCCAAAAUAUGUGAACUUAAGUGGAGCCUUGCUACUCGUUACAGAUUUAGGGCAUGUAGAUAUCAAACGGCUUCUCCUCAAACUAAGUUGUAUACAGUUCACAUACCCUGUACACGCGCCAAAGUUCGACAACCAUCUUACCUAACUGAAUGGGAAAUUUUGGAAUCGGAUUUAGAUGAAGGUUUUGAUAAUAAAACAGAUUAUAGGAUAUGCGAUAUCAAGGUUACCGGCAAUGAGGAAUCCUAUAUAUUGGCACUCGAUUAUUCCGGGAAAUAUUUGGCAAUAGGUACUAGUGAUGGUUCGGUGUCCAUAUACACAACAAACGAUUUAAAACGCUUAUCUCACUUUCCUCACGCCCACGACAUAUUCAUAACAGGGCUCGAUUUUAUUCCACUUAAUCAUGAACACGAUAACGAAAAAACGGAAAAAACCCAUUUAUCACAACCAUUUUUCUCUCUAAACAGUCAAGCUUGUCUUCUUAGCAUAUCCGUCGAUAGAAAAAUUAAUCUUUAUAGAAUAAAAGAUAACGCUUAUAGUUCGGGCCGCAAUUUUUAUUUUAUAUUUGCCUCCAUUUGUUUUAUCUUCUUAGCUUUACUAAUUUUUUACAGUGACUUUGGGUGUUAAAAUGUCGCGUUUCACAACUGAUUUAAUUCAUAUUUUGAUACUUGUGUCGAAUGAAUGAUAUUUAAUAUUGGUAUAUUGGUGUAAUAAUGGUAGCUUAUAA